AAUAUAAUAAUCAUAUUAACCCAAUAAAGCUUUCUCAAAUUAUAUAUAGGUGGGCUAAUUCAAAAGGAAACAAACAGAAGAGGAACCAAGUAACAAGUGCAUCAUUACAUGAAAGCCAAUUCACUUUCACAUUUGAGAAGGUAAUCGAAACUAUACCUAAAUGUUACAAAACAUUUUUUAAAUAAAACUAAAUGCACGGUUGCUGCUGCUGUUGGAAAUUUGGGAGCUGUGAGAAAGUACUCAUCAGUUUCCUCACAAGAGAACAAAUACAGUAUUUAAAACAAUGUACAGGUCUCUCAUUCAGGAAAUUAUCAAGUUCACCACAAAGUGUAAAAAGUGUUAGCAUGCACAGCAAUUCAUUAAACCAAAUGACUUGAUAAGAUAACUUGAAUGUAUAUUUUCAAGGAACUUCAUUUUCAAGCCAUACGCAGACUGCCUGGGAAACCAGUGUUAAUUGUGCGUUUUCUGUGCUGUGCCCUAUUUUCCUGCUGAGCUGGGGGACAAUAGCUGCAACCGGGGGCCUGUGGAACUCGGACACAGUCGGCCUUUGUCCCAACUCAUAAGUAAACGCUCAGUGAAGCAUAGCUGCCACCGACUCAGGCUAGGGCACUGGGCUAAAGGUGAAGAAAGCUUCAGUGGAUGCAAGUGGAUGCUUUACACAAGUUCCCUGACAGAACAUGGAUAAUCAAGUAUUUGAAUCUACUGUGGAGCGCACGUUCCAGUAUCAGGAGUCCUUGCCUCCUCUUCCAGUCCCGACUUUAGAAGGAACUUUGAGUAAAUACUUGGAUGCAGUUAAGCCAUUCGCAUCAGAAAAGGAAUUUCAAGCCACCUCUCAGAUAGUGAAACUAUUUGGGGAAGGGGUUGGCAAAGAUUUGCACCAGAAGUUACUUCAGAGAGGGAGGGCCAAAAGAAACUGGCUGGAGGAAUGGUGGCUCAACUCUGCGUACCUGGAGGUCCGGAUCCCUUCUCAGCUCAAUGUUAACUUCGGCGGCCCUGCCCCCUACCUGGAGCACUGCUGGCCUCCCCAGGCUGGUACGCAGCUGGAGAGGACCAGCAUAAGCCUCUGGUAUAGCCUCCAGUACUGGGACCUCCUCCGCAGUGAAAAGCUGGCCAUCCACAAGGCAGGGAACGUACCACUUGACAUGGAUCAAUUCCGUAUGCUGUUUUGCACCUGUAAAGUGCCUGGCAUCACCAAGGAUACCAUUUUCAAUUACUUUAAGACUGAGAGUGAAGGCCCCUGCCCCUCCCACAUGGUGAUCAUGUGUCGAGGGCGGAUGUUCAGUUUUGAAGGCCUUCAUAAUGGCUCCAUUCUCACACCGCCUGAGAUCCUGAGGCAGCUUGAGUACAUCAAGCAGACUUGUGACAGGGAGCCAGAGGGAGAAGGGGUCGCUGCACUGACCACUGAGGAGAGAACCCGCUGGGCCAGGGCUCGGGAACAUCUCAUUGGCUUGGACCCCAUGAACAAGACCAUAUUGGAGACCAUUCAGAAGAGCUUAUUUGUGGUAUCCCUGGAUGAAUCUAUGCCUUAUUCGACACCUGAAAACUACUCAGCGAUGACAUUACAAUCUCUGAUUGGGGACCCGACUAUACGCUGGGGUGACAAAUCCUACAACUGGAUCACUUUUGCUGAUGGAACCUUUGGCUCAAAUUGUGAUCAUGCGCCAUAUGAUGCCAUGGUGCUGGUGUCCUUUUGCUAUUACACGGAUCAGAAGAUGAAAGCCAGCGGAGGAAGGUGGAAGGGACCCAUGACUGUCCGUGACAUGCCGCUGGCAGAAGAGCUGGUCUUCACUCUGGACGAUAAAUCCAGGAAUGACAUUGCCCUGGCCAAACGGCAGUAUAUGGAAGCUGGAAAAGACUUGCAGAUUGUGUGCCAGGCAUUCACUGACUUUGGAAAGGCUGCCAUCAAGGAGAGGAACCUCCACCCAGACACUUUCGUCCAGUUGGCACUGCAGCUGGCCUACUACCAGCUUCAUGGAAAGUCCGGAAGCUGCUAUGAGACGGCCACCACGCGGCGUUUUUACCACGGGCGCACCGAGACCAUGAGGCCGUGCACCUUAGAGGCCCAGCAAUGGUGCCAGGUCAUGGUAGACCCUGCUGCCAACGUUGAAACCAAGCGUAAUAAGCUGUUGGCAGCCUUCUCCAAACACAAUAAGCUGAUGGGGGAAGCACAAAAAGGGAAAGGCUUUGACCGGCACCUCUUGGGCUUGUACCUUAUUGCCAAGGAGGAGGGACUUCCUGUUCCUGACCUUUUCACAGACCCGCUCUACGCCAAAAGUGGCGGAGGUGGUAAUUUUGUGCUGUCAACCAGCCUGGUGGGCUACACCACUGUCUUGGGAGCCGUCGCUCCAAUGGUGCCUCACGGUUAUGGUGUCUUCUACCGCAUCCGUGACGACAGGAUCGUAGCAUCCUACACCGCCUGGAAGUCCUGCCCGGAGACCGAUGUCGAGAAGCUCUACCAGACCAUCUGCACUUCCAUGCACGACAUGCUGCAGCUCACGACCCUGUCCAAGCUAUAGAGCGGGGCGAUGGAAGAAUCGGAUGCAGGGGGCAAGACGAAACCAACUAGAAUCCUCAAUAGUGCACCGCCUAAUGCUUUAGUAGUAAUUUCUAGGAGUAAUUUUUAUUUUGACCAUGCACAGAUCAAUGCAAACUUGUAUUGCGCAAUAACAAUGCAGGCACAUAUUGGUUCUUUUUCUUUUUCCGUUUUUUAACUCAGUUUUCUAUAAUUAUGUUAGAAUUAUUUUUACAUUAGUAGGGUCUUUUUUUUUUCUUUUUUUUGAUAAAAUCCUGUGGAGUGUUAUCUAUUGUAGCAAAUGAGGUGCAGGCUAAGCUUGUGAAGGUAAUGUGUAUUACUGGGCAUUUCAUUGGUUGGGAAUUGUAAAUGCUUGAAAAGCGUCCCUACUGAAUGCAAGGCUACUUAAAGGCACUUGUGUUUUUGCAAUAAUCUUUUGCUGAGACCUAACAUAUGAAUUGUUGUUUGGUUGUCCUCUUGAUAUAACACUGAUUGUACUUACCUUAGGCUACUCCCUAAUUAUGACUUGCGAGGAGGCUAAUGAUUUUAUGAUGGGUUGCACAGGCCAGUUGCCUGUGAUCAGUGAUAUUUAGUGCAAUUUUGUCUUUAUGAAAGAUUCUCUCUUUGAAAUUGCCUUACAGUGAUUAUCAUGGUGAUUUGAAUGGGACAUUUUCCAGUUUAAUGACCAACCUAACUGGAUUCAGUGCAUUAUGUUUUCCGGACAGAGCAACAACAUGGCUUGUCUGUGAGGUAAUUGUAUUUGCUAGCUUUAAUAACAGGGCUUUUGGAAAUGGAGAGAAGUGAAGAGCACCUUAUUGCUUUGUGAUGAUGGUUUGAAUGGGCUGCACUGUUUAUGUUCACUGUGUUUAUGUCCAAAUAAUUUAAAUGUACAGUAUAAAUUUGUGUUGUGAGCAAUAUCUUAUGUUUACAUGCCAUUGUGUUAAUGAAACAUUCCCCCUUGAGUUCAAAAUUCAAUGUGAAUUUCCUUCUCAAUAGAUUUGAUUUUGUUCAUCGGAGGUGUAUAAUUGACAUAACUUCACCAAGGGAGGAGCGUUUUGUAGCGGUGCCAGGUAUCCCAUCUCAUUAGACAACAGUGCUGUCUCUGCUUAAUCAACCAUCGUCAGUCUGCCCUGUGUCAGGAGCAUCGUCCAUCAAUUCAUGCACAACGUUACAAUGAUGGAACAGACCUAGUUGUGAUUUUUUUUUUUUAAAUGGGUGAGUGAAUACCAUGCAGUGCAAAUGACAUUGUCUAUAUUGAUCUGAAACAAUAUAGGUUCCGGAUGUGAGGGGCAGAUUUACAUACAUGGUUUCCUAUUUGAAAAUACGGUGCAGCAUAGUACAGUAUGUAAACUUAUUCUCAUAUAUGAAUCAUGUAAUGUUAUAAAGACACAAAAGCAGCAUGUCUGCAUGCUCUCCAAAGUUUCUGCCAUUUAACAAAAAAACAUUGCUUUGGGAACGAUUUUGUACGAUUGACUAUUAAGGAUGAAUAUACGAUGCAUCUCAUUUUUUUUUUACAGUCUUACAGAUGAAGGUGUUGAGUCCUCUGCCCACUGAAAUUUUUUAUCUAGUACUGCUGCUGAAAUUGUAAGAUGAAAAGAUGAAAUUGUAAGCUGAGAAAAUGAAAUUGUAAGCUAAAAUUGUAAGAUGCUAUUAUAAAAUGAAGAUUGUCAAUGUGUGCUUAUACUGAUGGGUCAUGAAGUCUUUUCGUGCUUUAUUGCAUUUUGAAUGACCGUUUGCUCAUUGCAAUCUCCACUGCCAAUGUGCUAUGCUCUGAAGUGUAACACAAGUGCUUCUUGUAACACAAUAGGUCAUGCAAGUCAGAGGUGCAGCUCAACACAUUAAUCUGUGGGUGUUGCAUUAGCCAGCGACUGAAUUCACCUCGCGACUGAGACCCUCUGCCCAUUUUAGAUUAAACUCAAGUUUUAUUCACGAU